AAAGCUAUCGUAAAUUUGUUCACAAUAAAUUUAAAAAAAAUUGUCUGUAAACUAAACGUCGAAAAUGUCCGAAGAAACAAAUUUACAAACAACAGUAAAAAUUGAACCACUCGAUUAUCCUCAAGUCAAACAAGAAUUUGAUUAUUGUCCAGAAGUGGAACAAGAAUUUGAUGAUUGUGAUAAUAUUUGUCCGGAGAAAGAUGAAAUAUAUUUACAGCGAUUUCUAAAAUCUGAGGUAGCAAUUGAGGAAAAAAUAAAGCAAGAAACGAUUGAUGAGCAAGAUGCAGUCACAAAAAGAACAAACUUAGAUGAAAAAGCUUAUUUAUGUGAUAAAAAAGAAGUUUCAGAAAAGCAAGUUUAUAAAUGUGAAAUAUGCAACAUAAUAUUCUCAACAAAACAAAUGUUAAGCCAACAUGAAAUGAUCCAUGCCGAAGAACGCCUUUUUAAAUGUGAAAUAUGCAAUAAAGCAUUCACAAGAAAAUAUACAUUAAACCUACAUGAAAGGAUCCACACUGGAGAAGGCCUUUUUAACUGUAAAAUAUGCAAUAAAGCAUUCCCAAGAAAACAUUCAUUAAAUUUACAUGAAAGGGUCCACACUGGAGAACGCCCCCACGAAUAUGAAAGUACUGCUGUUACUUUUUCUGAUACAGCAACUACAUCACGUAAAUUGCAAAUUGAUGAUUCUGCAUAUAAUGUGACAAGAACUGAUCUUUUGCAAGAGUCAAAUGAAACUUCAUUGUUAUCAUCGCAGCAGCACUAA